UGCAUGCAUGCGGAGUACAAUCAUUCUCUCCCUCUCCCUCCAUUUCUCUUCAACUAUUUUCACACUUUGUUUUGAACAUGCCGCUGCACCGGAAACCACAUCCCGAGUGUACUUCUGCGGGUAGAGUCACUGCUCGACUGCUACUUUCUUUCCUUGCCUUAUCAAGUCCGAUUGCUGCCUCCACACGUCAACAACAGCCCGACCCCAUACUCCCACCACUGCUUCCACAACCCAACGUCCCGACUUCUUCAGGCAAGGAACACUCCUUUACAUUACGACAUGUUUUCCUCCAUGGAGACCUCGACCGCCCCGCUGUCCACAGAAGGCACGACAUUUCAAAGGACGAAUCACCACUAUGGAUAGAAUCAGAUUGGGGGCUUAUAGAGGAGGCACCGAAGCCGUUGCUGGCACGAAGCAACCUGAUGAAAAUACAUCGAUUAAAGGACCGCCAUCCAUCAGUCGUCGAUCCCCUGGUGGCUGCGGCCCGAGAGUAUCCCGGAGUAUGGACAUCACAACUGGAUGCUUGGUCUAUGGACGAAGUGGAUGGCCCUGAUGUAUCGCAUGUUGAAACAAUCUUAACGUUUGCUCAAAUGGCAGCAAAUGCCUACGUACCGGUUCCGAACGAGGGGGACUGGAAGGAUGUCAACGGAGGUUACAACAGAACCGAUGACUAUGGCUUUGGAUGGGAUGGUAAUGGCCUCCGAGGAUACUUAUACGCCGACGAGACCAAUUCAACCAUUGUCAUCGGGGUCAAAGGAACGACCCUUGCCAUCUGGGAUGGAGAUGGAACCACCACAAACGACAAAGAGAACGACAACCUGUUCUUCAGCUGCUGCUGUGGUCAACAAGGAAAUUACUUAUAUCGCCAAGUCUGCGAUUGUGCCCAAGGCACAUAUACCUGCAAUAUAAGUUGUCUGAAGCACAGUCUGAAGAAAGAGGAUCGAUAUUACGCGGCUGCCAGGCAUUUAUACAACAACGUCACGGCCCUAUAUCCGCAUUCCAAUGUAUGGAUGGCUGGUCAUUCUCUUGGAGGUUCCGUCAGCGCUAUGAUAGGCCUUACUUAUGGAGUACCCGCCCUCACGUUUCAGGCAGUCCCCGAUGCUCUACCAGCAACCCGACUUGGUCUUCCUGUACCGCCAGGGGUAAAUCCGGAUAAACCUGCGCAACGAGAAUUUACAGGCGCUUAUCACUUCGGCCAUAACGCAGAUCCCAUCUAUAUGGGGACCUGUAAUGGAGCUACAGCAUCCUGUUCCUAUGCUGGCUACGCACUUGAAAGUGCUUGCCACAGCGGAAGAGAAUGUGUGUGGGAUGUCGUCAAUACGAAUGGAACAAGGGUCUCAGUCAUCACCCACAAGAUUAUCUACGUUAUUGAAAACGUGAUCAAGAAAUGGGUGCAAGCGCCGGAGUGUAAAUUUACACCGGAAUGCUAUGACUGCCCGCUCUGGAAAGAAGUUACUGGCAACAAGACUCAAUCCUCGACCUCAACAUCGUCUUCCUCUACGAAGACUAGAACGCGAACGUCGACAUGCCAGACUCCUGGAUGGUGGGGAUGCUUGGACGAGACUACAAAGACGAGUCUUGUCACCUCAACGACCACCACGACCACCACAACUACCACUUCGACUUGCAAGACUCCAGGAUGGUUUGGCUGCAACGAUGAAACGACGACUACGACCAAGCCUCCUACAAGCACCGGUACUCCAACUUCAACGGAGACUUGCAAGACGCCUGGAUGGUUCGGUUGCAAUGAUCUAGCUUCAACAUCGCUAGCCUCAAUCCCUUCAA